AUGGACGAGGAGUGUAGUUAUCGAAAAGAUGCCGAAGGAAUCUGGGACGUAGAGGAGGAGGAGAGCUGUACGCUACAAGCACCGCACGUGCAGGGUGCUGAGGUGGACCUCUGUGCGCUCUACGAGGCGGUCGUGGCGCUUGGCGGAUGGCAAAAGGUUUCUCUGCUUGAAAAAUGGGGCGACGUUGCGAGGGCAAUUGGCAUUUCGAGCGGUGUUGCUGUUGCGGGACACGCUGUCAAAGUGCUCUACAUGCGCUAUCUUUCGAAGUACGAGCAGAGUGAAUUGGUCGGCGAUGUGGACGAUUCUGACUCUGACUUGCUAAGCUCGAGAAGCCGAAGCAAGGGAUUUUCGUCGUUAGCUACAGCUGAUUGCCCGAUCAGCACCGGCCAAAGGCAGCAACAGUCGGAGUAUUUUCGAUUGCGGCCAGAAAAAAGAGAGGCGGAAUAUGAUCGCAUUGUGAAAAGUCUUCUUUGUGGGCUACCCAAUGAGGUAGAUUUUGCUGUAAACGUUUGUACGUUAUUGUCUCAUCCGGGACCUCGUGUACUUCGUGUUGCCGCCGCUCCACAAAUAGUCACACUUUUGGUUGCCCAUCUUGCGAUAUUUCCUGACGGUUUGUGCAAUUUUCAUAUCACCGAAGAAGAGAGCAACAUAUUCUGCGGUCUGAGUACGGAAUUUCAGCCGCGGAAUGUUGUUUCCUGGCGAGUGCAACAGGUGCUCUCCAUUGUUAGGAAUCUUUCGUUCGAAGUGAUCAACAAAGCCGACUUAGCAGCCAAUUGGCCUUUACUUAAUACAUGGGACUACGUAUGUACUGAUAGGGGUGAUGUAUCUAUUGAUCUUAUGGGCGAAGAAUAUUCUUUAACCAAUCAUUUAUUGUUGAAAACUGUUUCGUAUUGUCUCCAUUCUGAGGAUAAACUUCAAAUAAUUCGCGCACUUGAAAUCCUUUCGGGAUUGUGCAAUAACGACCGUAAUGAAUCUCUUAUUUGUGAAUUUCUGGAUUCUCGCAUUUUGUCUAAAAUAUUUACUGUAAUUUCUGUGAAAGAUAUAAUGAUGUGCGUUUAUACACUUGAAUCUCUAUACCAGGUAUGUGAAUUCUGUGGUAAAAUCUAUCCGCUUGUGGCAAGGCCCGGUUCUUAUACGACUGCUACACAUUCCCCAGCUUACCAGUCUCGAGUGACUGCGUCUCGCGGUACCAACGCAUCUGUUACUGCUUCUUCAACGCCUACAGUUGGUGAUUCAAAGGUGGAACAGUUGACUGCUAAAUGGAUUCGAAUGAACUGCGUCGCGGAAAUGGGCAGCGUCGUCCCUCGAGGAGAACUGUACGCAAGUUAUGUGGACGAUCUUCGACAUCGUUAUGGGGCUCUUUCUGGCUCGGUGCAGACAUUUACCAAUAUAAUCAAAGCUGUAUAUCCGAAUGUGGUACUUCGCAUUCAACAGUCACCUGGUAGUAAUAUGCCGGUCUUUGAAAAUUUGAGAAUGUGUAAAACAAAUGCGACCACUGGUACUGUGCAUGGAAAUACUGCGACCGUAACAGGAGUAGCAGCAGCAACAGCAACUUCAACAAACACAUCGAUCAUUGCGAGUCAUCCGCUGGUUCAAAAGAUGCUAACCGACAACAGCAGUAGUACGACCACAACCUCACUCAAUGGACACGCUGCAGUUGGUGCAGUCGACCAAAAGUAUCUUUUUUUUUGUUUGCUAAUUCAGGGUCUUUCGUCGGUGAGGAGUCAUGCCGCCGCUGUGAUUUGGCUUGCGCAGCAAUGGCAUAAUGUCUCGCCAAUCUCACUAUUGUAUUGGUCUAUUUCCGAGUUGACUUUUUAUAGCGUGCGAUUCGAAAUACCGCCGAAUACGCCAACUGUUUUGGCUAUAUCGUCCGACGAGGUGACAGCAUCAUCGGCGCGUCCCAAUUCGGUACAUGUGAUAAACGCGCAGCCGUCGACUAGUUCCGCAUUUAGCCUACAGAUGCCUUCAGUCGGUACUGGUGCGCAACACAAGGUUUGCCGAUCAACGGCAGAAAUUCGUGAUAUCCUGUCAAAGCAGCGACCGGAGACAAAAAUUGUGCGAGUGGAGAAUCGGGCAAUAGCUGCCAGUAGUCUUAUCCCUUCUUGCGAUGCGAAGCCAGGUACCUCCCAGGUAAAAUAUUCACUACUUUUCUUUGUUGUUUUUGAUUUGUUUUUCUACCAAGAUGGCUUCCUUUCACUACUGUGUCGUUCGACAUUCGGUACUGUGUGA